AUGACAUGAAUAAACGACAGUCAUAAAAUCCCAAAGAAGAAGAAGCGGAACGAAAGAAAAUGGCGCAUGGUCUGUUUGGUUGAAUGUUCGACUGUUUCUCUAAACGAGUUUAUCAACGAGCCGUUAACUGCUGCUGAAGAAACAUUCACAGAGUUUAAAGAAAUCAUCGUCAAGUCGGAGGAAGAGAUGGAUGAUCAUCGCAGACUGCUGGAUUUCUCCCGGAGGCCCCAGAUAAUCUUACACCGAAUAGAUUGCCUGCAGUGUAACAUUUAUUACCAGGAGAGGAGAUCCACUUUGGACCAGGAGGAGUUGGAAUCUCUGCAGGUGAAACAAGAACAGGAAGAGCCAGAAGAUCAUCAGAUAAAAGUGGAAGAGAAAGAAGUUUACUGCAGUCAGGGUGAAGAACAGAUUGAAUUAAAACAGGAGACUGAUACCUGCAUGGUGGUUCCUGUUGAUGAGCCAUCAGACCACACUGAAUCAGAACCAAACAGGAACCAAGACAUCUUCCAGGAAGCUGCUGAAGCUGAGAACCAAAAUCAGGAAAGAAGAAAACCUUUCUCAUGUUACAUGUGUAAAAAGCGUUUGACUUCAAAAUCUGUUUUUGAUGCUCAUAUGAGAACUCAUACGGGUGAAAAGCUGUUUUCAUGUGUGACCUGUGGAAAAAGUUUUGGUUAUAAACUGGCUUUAACUCAGCACAUGAUGAUUCACACUGGUGAAAAGCCGUUUACAUGUGUGAAUUGUGGAAAAUGUUUUAGUCACAAACAGCAUUUAACUAAGCAUAUGAUGAUUCACACUGGUGAAAAGCCGUUUUCAUGUGUUAACUGUGGAAAAAGCUUUAGUCAAAAACCGCGUUUAACUCGGCACAUGAGGAUUCACACUGGUGAAAAGCCGUUUUCAUGUGUGACCUGUGGAAAAUGUUUUGGUUAUAAACUGGCUUUAACUCAGCACAUGAUGAUUCACACUGGUGAAAAGCCGUUUUCAUGUGUGACCUGUGGAAAAAGUUUUAUUCGAAAACAGGAUUUAACUCAGCACAUGAGAAUUCACACUGGUGAAAAGCCGUUUUCAUGUGGAAAUUGUGGAAAAAGUUUUUGUCAAAAACAACAUUUAAUUCGGCACUUGAGGAUUCACACUGGUGAAAAGCCGUUUUCAUGUGUGACCUGUGGAAAACGUUUUGGUUAUAAACUGGCUUUAACUCAGCACAUGAUGAUUCACACUGGUGAAAAGCCGUUUACAUGUGUUAACUGUGGAAAAAGUUUUAGUCAAAAACAGGCUUUAACUCAGCACAUGAUGAUUCACACUGGUGAAAAGCCGUUUUCAUGUGUGAAUUGUGGAAAAAGCUUUAGUCAAAAACAGCAUUUAACUAAGCAUAUGAUGAUUCACACUGGUGAAAAGCCGUUUUCAUGUGUUAACUGUGGAAAAAGUUUUAGUCAAAAACAGGCUUUAACUCAGCACAUGAUGAUUCACACUGGUGAAAAGCCGUUUUCAUGUGUGAAUUGUGGAAAAAGCUUUCGUCAAAAACCGGGUUUAACUCGGCACAUGAUGAUUCACACUGGUGAAAUGCUGUUUUCAUGUGUGACCUGUGGAAAAAGUUUUAUUCGAAAACAGGAUUUAACUCAGCACAUGAUGAUUCACACUGGUGAAAAGCUGUUUUCAUGUGGAAAUUGUGGAAAAAGUUUUUGUCAAAAACAAAAUUUAAUUCGGCACAUGAUGAUUCACACUGGUGAAAAGCCGUUUUCAUGUGUGACCUGUUUAAAAAGUUUUAGUAAUAAACAUAGUUUAACUAAGCACAUGACGCGUCACACAGUUGAAAAGCUGUAGAAUUAUGUUCCAUAAAUGUCCUGUGUUGUAUUUGUUAAAUGUGAUUAUUUUGAUCUUCACAUUUGGAUACUUAGAGAUGUUCAACCAUGACACAUUUUCCUCCAUUGAUGUUUUAUUUUUCUGGUAUAUUCUGUAUCAAAAAACAAUAAUGAUGAACUGUAUGUUAUUGUAUUAACAUACUGUUUAUGUCAAACUGUAUGUUGUGUGUGUACAACGUGAAGAGCAGAGGGCUCAGCACACAGCCCUGAGGAGUGCCAGUACUGAUGCUGAUAGAUGAAGAGGCUUGGGGGCCCACUGACUAUUUCAUGCAUUAACAGAGUUUGACCGGACAUGGACUCCCUUCCAGAACAUUCUCCCAUGAUUGGACUUGAGGGAUUGAUUUGUAUUAUUCUGUACCAUAGAGAGUGAGUGGGGUUUAUUUUUGUAGUUUUUUAAAUCAACAA